AACGGACCGAAUAUAAUUGUUGUUGAGCAUCCGUAUCGUUAUUUCAACCGGCGUUUUGCUUGUUGUAAUGGGACGCGGAUAUUGUUUGAAGAAGCACCGUUGACGUAGCCAGUGAUUCGAAAUAACACGUAUCUUGCAUUUCUUGACGAACAUUAAAAACGUCUGAAGCCACAAGUUUUUCCCCUUACCUGUGCUGUGCAAAACUAUGCGUGGGGGAAGAUCGGUCAGGACAGCGAGGUGGCCAAACUGGUCAUGGGUGGAGACCCACUUGCUGUCAUAGAGGAUGGCAAGCCCUAUGCAGAGCUGUGGAUGGGUGCCCACCCGAAAGGCGAUGCCCAGAUCAAAGACAACAGGAUUGCGCAGACCACGCUGGGCCAGUGGAUCGCCCACUUCCCCGCCUGCUUGGGCUCCAAGGUCAAAGACACCUUCCAUGGUCAGCUGCCCUUCCUCUUCAAAGUCCUCUCUGUCAAUACAGCCCUGUCCAUACAGGCUCAUCCCAACAGAGAGCUAGCUGCUCAUCUCCAUGCUCAGUUUCCGGAGCACUAUCCCGACAACAACCACAAGCCAGAGAUGGCGAUUGCCCUCACCCGCUUCCAGGGCCUCUGUGGCUUCAGACCAGUGGAGGAAAUCCUGGGAUUCCUUAAAUCUGUGCCAGAGUUUCGUGCUCUGGUGGGCAGUGAGGCGGCAGAGGAGCUGCAAGGCUGCAUGGGAGAUGCAGUUCAGACGAGUCAGGUGCUGAAAAAGUGCUUCACCAGGAUGAUGAACUGUGAGAAGAAGGUGUUUGUAGAUCAGCUGAACAUGCUGGUCAAGAGAGUCACUGAAGAAGGUGCAGCAGGAAAGGACACAUCCAGCAGUAAUGGUGAUCUGUUGCUCCGCUUACACUCCCAGUAUCCUGGAGACAUUGGCUGCUUCUCCAUCUACUUCCUCAACUAUUUGGUACUGGAACCAGGACAGGCCAUGUUCCUUGGAGCCAAUGAGCCUCAUGCGUAUAUUUAUGGAGACUGUAUCGAGUGCAUGGCAUGCUCUGACAACACAGUGAGAGCUGGUCUAACACCAAAAUACAUCGAUGUGAACACGCUGUGCGAGAUGCUGAACUACACCCCGGCUCCUGCCAGCUCUAAAAUCUUCCCAUGUGUCCAAGAUGCCUCAGACCCCUACGUGUCCCUCUACGAUCCUCCAGUGCCAGAUUUUACUGUCAUGAGGAUACAGGUCCCAGCCUCAGUGAAGCAGUACACCGUUGCUUCGGUCGACAGUGCCAGCAUCCUCCUGGUCAUUGAUGGUGACGCCACAGCAACCUCUGUAGCUGCCCUCUCUGAUGUCACACUGAGACGCGGCACUGUCCUGUUUGUUUCAGCCAACGAGAGCGUCUCCCUGCACAUCACCUCCCCAUCAGGGAUGUCCAUGUUCAGGGCGUGCUGCCUCCUGUAGCUGUGAGUCUGUCUGUCAGUGCGACAGCUCAAACCACCUGUGUUUGUUUUCCUCCGCUGUGACUCAGAAAGUUAGACAAUGUGUUAUGGAUUGAGCCCAGUGUUCGUACCACUUUCUGAGGAGGUAGUACACUGGAAGUUUAAGACACAGAGUGUUGAUGCCCGUCUGUGCCCGCUGCUCCCCCCUACCCAAAGUCUAAAUAUGCUGCCCUCAGCAGUGUUCCUUUAGUUUUUAAAAUAAGCAGUUAUCCACUACUGCUGGAUUUUAACUGGUUUUAACUUUUUGUACCUGUAGUAGUGCACUAAAAUCUUGUAGAAAACAUGGAUUGUGUGCGCAUCCUAAAUAAUUUAAAGGUGCUGGCCGUGUACUAAGAAUAAAAAGUAAAGAUUGCAACAACACUGAACAAGAAACAGACUAUAAAUGUGGAUGACACUUUUUAAAUCAUGUUAGCUUUUUAUAAAUCUUACAAAGUUGAAUUGGGGCCACGCUAAAAAAUAAAAAAUCAAGUAUGGGAUAAUUUUCAUGAAUAUAACUUGAAACUUUGAGUUUACUGAGUUGUAAAUUUUGGAUAAACUAAACUCAGAAUUUUUUAAAGUUUUACAUUCUGACUUCACUUGAAACUUUGAAGUUUAGAAAUGUCAGAAAUUUAUGGUGCUUUUAUGUUUUAAAUUCACAAGAAAAUAAUCUCUAAACACUGACUGGAUUAGAGCCGCCCCCUUGGAUGCUGUCAGUGUGUUAUCUUCUGAAUAACUCCAGUUUAUUCUAGUUCCAGUCUCCUUCUUAGUCCAGACACAAAUGACUAUUUUAUUUUUCAGGGCUAAAAUCACAAGUAUUUCCUUAUUGCUCAGGCCCAGUAAAAGUGUAAUUUGAUAUGGCUAUAAACUGCAGUAGCCUACAUGUGCAAGGCGAAAGUCCUCAUCUGGUAAGAUUUUCUUCCACAUGAAAAGGCUGUUUUAACUUUUUAUAGUCUCUCCCCUGAGUUUAGAUUUUUGUACAUUUAAACUCAAAAUUAUACUUUUUUUUCUCAUAAAUUAAGGAUUUUUUCAGUGAGAAAGUUUUCAUAUGUUUAUGAAUUUUUAAACUAGAUUUUUUCUUUGUCCUAAAAAUGACUUGAUAAACGCAAAAGUUAUGUGUUUGGUUUCUUCCAAACUCAACAGAAAAGGACAGCUCUUUUUAAUAAUUUUUUUAGAGUGGCUCGAAUUGGCCAUUGUAGGUUCCUGAUGAGGAUCAAGGGAUUGAAAUGUUACAAAAAAGUAUCUUACAUUAAAGACAGUUUAGAGAACAUGACAUCAUUACAUAGCAGUUCUGGGGCCUCACCUCUUUAAUAGUCAAAUGUUCCCUUUUCCUAGAUGACUAAGCAAAUGAAACAUGGUGCAAACAGUCAGGACAUUUGUGUUUGGUAGAUUAUCUCUUUGUAACAAUGCUUCUUGGCAAUAAAUCUAAUACCACUGGGAAGCCUGUUUCUUUCCUUUUUGAAUGGUGGAGUAUGUGGGUAGCAUCAUGAAAGACUUGCCAACUCUUCUCUGCCAAACAGAUUAUUCUGUCAUUGACUCUUGUUUGGUGUUUGGUUGAUUGGAUGACUCUGACCCAGUGAUCCAACUGCCUUAGGCAGAAUCUGGACUCCUCGCUGAACAUACUGUCAGCACCUGGGGAUACCAGAAGCUCAAAACAAGAGUCAAUAGCAAAAGCGAAAUAAGCUGUCUGGCAUUGGUAGAGAAGAUGGGGCAAAUUUUUCAUGGGUGCAACCCACAUACUCAGCUCUGCUGCUCAUCCCUCAAAUGCAUGUUCCUUACAAAUGUGGCACUUUUUAAAAGGCAAACAGACUUUCCAACGAUAUAAGAUUUAUUGCUAAGAAGCACAAAGAAAUAAUCUACCAAACGCAAACCAUUUUAUGACAUAAUCUCCACAAAGCACUGAAAAAUAACCAAACUCUUUAGUAUACUUGGUAAACUUCACGCUCGGAUGACAGUUUAAUACUGUUGGGUCAAAACUAGCAUAUUAACUAAAAAAUGCUUAAACUGAAUUAGUUUUCUCAAAGUGUUGUUGUCAUUUUUCCCAUUUAUUCCUACUACUGUACACCUACAGCCAUACAUUCUUGUCUUCAGGUCUGAUUGACAGUAAUUACGCACACAAACCGUGAUGAAUUCAAACUGCACUGCAGCAGGGUGGGGGAUAUGUUUACACUGGUGUAGUUCAUUUCCACUCACUUCUUUGUACAACAGCACCACUGGGCACGUCUGUUAUUUGAGCCAGCAGUUGUCUCUCUCCAGGGAGCAACUACCUGUUUAACGGUUUUGAGUUUAGCUUGCAUAAGUACUGACCCACCACUGGGAAACAUUACAUUCUUAGUUUAAACAGUUGAGAGUAUAUAGUGUAAUGCUGAGAUGCCUGUGCAUGUUUGAUUCAGUGCAGUAAUACAGGACAGGGUCUUCUAUCGCGACUCUGGAAAGUGUUACUGCCUUUAACUGUUACCAGCGCAUGUUUACAGUCUGGAAACUUCUCCUCAAAGUAGUGAACAGUCAUAGAAAUUCAAAAAACACAAAAUAGAAGCAAGAAAGUAAAGGCCACUAUCAUCAUCUCAUUUAGCACGGCAAUAUGAGAACCAGGAAUGCAACUUAAGAAAACUCUAACUUCUAGAGUUGUUCUGAUACCAGUAAUUUUAUAGAAAUGAUUAUGAAGCUGCCCGAAAUGCUGUCAGUAGAAAGUUAAAUCACUAAUAUGAUACCAUGACUAUUAGCUGGACCAUCUUGUUAAAUCAGUUUAUUUCUUCCUCUCUAAAACAGUAACCUGUGCAGCAAUAACCUUUACUCACUAUUUGUUUUAUUAGUCAAUCUUUUCAACUGCUGGCUAAAACAAAUAUUAAACAAACCUAUCACAUGACAGCAACCAAUUUCAAGAAAUCAAACAAGUUUUAAUAAUAUCAAAGCCAAUACACAGGGUUAGUGGUAAACGCCAUAAAGUAUAUUGCUUUCACUUGAGAAGAUAAAUAUUCUCUCUGUUUUUCUGAGAUAAUAUGAGAAUUAACUCAGAAUGAGGAGGAAAAGUUUGACAAAAAAACUAAAAAUCUACCCUUGUUUUCUAAAUUAAUGAGAUGGAUAAUCUGUUUUAAUAAUAAUAUGAUCCCCAAAUCCAUAAUCAACCCCCUUGUUCCAAGGCGCACACACCCUGUACAGGUCACCAGCCAAUGACAGGGCUGAUAUAAUGAGACAAACAACCAGUCACGUUCACACUCACACAUGCAGGCAGUUAAAGCUGAGGCCAGACUAUUCAAUCUAUCUGGCUGUUACAACAGUUAGUGUGUCAGAUUAGGUGAUCACAUGGCCGUACAUUUGUUUUAUAUGGAAAAAGUAGCUCAAUUCAUUGCAAGAAAAGGAGGUAAAUUAGUUGAAACAUUGACCAAACAUUUAAAUUCACCCAAUAUCACAGUAAAACAGGGUAAAAUAAAAGGUAUCGAUGCAUGUCCACUAAGGACUUAGGGACUUUUUGCCCCCAUUUUUUUACAGAAACCUAUUUGCGACCCACUGAAAACUGCUCCAUGACCCACUCUUGGGUCCCAACCCACCAGUUGAGAACCCCUGCUUUAGAGUGUUUUAAGAGCUGAAAUUUGCUAAUUUGUUCAUCCUAAAAUUUUAAAUUGUGUUUUUAAGGACUGAGUUUUUAGUUAUAAACUACAGUUUAAUAUGGUAUCAUCUAAAAUUAAUUUGUAAAUAUUGGCAUAUCGGGUAUCAGCAAAUACCCAAUUGCAUGCAUCCCUACUAACGAGCAUGUCUUCUGACUGUGGGAGGAAGCAGGAGUUGCUGUAAAGAAUCCCCAUUUGCACAGGGAGAACAUGUAAACUUAAACUGUGGCAGUUGCUUUAACCGCUGCACCACCAUGCAGCCCAGUUACCAGAACAAAACAGAUGUUUUUAUUUUCACAAGUGAAUGCAUUAUGAUUCCAUAGUCAGUUAUAUAAAGUUGACUGAAUUUAUUGUAAGGUAUCAAGAGAGGACUGUCUAUUAAAGAGUUGGAAUCAGGCUGUGGAACUGAAAAUGAUAUCAGAACAUCUCUACUGAAAAAACACUACAGCUGCUUGUAGACUUGAAACAUUCACAUCUUGUACAGUCUUGUGACAAAAUGCUGCAUUCAAUUUUCUAGUGUUAUAGCAACAAAUGUCUGUAUUUCUGACUAUUUGGAGCCAAAUUUUUCAGACUUUUGCAUGUUUUAGUUUUUGUACUGAUUCAUCUAUACUGAAAGAAUUGAUCUCUAAAGGAGCUCUGUAUUAUAAGGUUUCACUUGUACAUUCUAACAUCAUAAGGUGAGCCAUUUGUCUUCACAGUGAGACGUUUUUUUGGUAAUCACUACCAAACAUGUUGCCACAGAAUUGUAACGCUGUUAUCUCAGUUUGGUGCAAACUUCAGUGUAAUCUUCCAGUUCAUACCAGGGUCAUAUGGAAUCUAAUCAAUCAUCAAGUGGAGCUCACUGUUGUAACCAUUUUUUUUAAUGUAAUCUUGAAGCAAAUAUUUGAGAAUGAACGAUCUAUUAAGCUGCACACCAAGCAGUGAGUAAAUAUUUCUCUGAAUAGUUUGACCUGAAAUAGUGGCUAAAGUGAAAUGAGCCGAUGACCCCUGGUGAUGCUUUUCCCUUUGUCAUUAAUGUAUCAGUGAUGAAGGUGGAUCAAUAUGCUUGUCCUUAAUAUACAUGCACUAAACCUUUAUGAUGUUUGUUGUUGUAAAGAUUGUUGAAUUUAAAGAUUAACGGACAAAAGAAGGGAGUUUUAAGUUGAAGUAGCUGUGUUUUGGGAACCUUUAAUCAUUUUAGAGCCUCUGUUUUUUCAACUCACAACCUUCUUCUCUAUUUUUCCAUAUAUUAAUAAUGUUUUAAUUUAGUCACAAAAUCUCAGUCAGGUCAUUUAAUGUUUGAUUUUAAGAUCACAACUUUGUUACUGAUCUUGUUUUAUGUUGUCAGAUUUAACUCUGUACUUCCAGGAUUUUGCACAAAAAUCCUUCUUUUUCUUCCAUUUUAAACUUGUGUCCUUCAAGUGCACACCAAUCUGAAGGCCACAAAGUUUUAACCUUAGUUUUAUUUAACUGUAGUGAGGACUUUCUUUGGAUAUUUCCACAGAGAGGGCAUGUUUCUAGUAUUUUUGACUAUGGUGAUUAUGUAGCCUGGGACUGCAGGGAACAUGUGUAUGUAGAAACGGUUUAAUAAAGCCUUGGUCUGUUACUACACUGUGUGCUUUGUUUGUCAUU